AGAGAGAGGAAAAAACAGGGGAGGGAGGGGGUUGUUCUUUCACUUUGCUCUGUUCCACAACAAAGCCACCAUUUUUCCCCGUGCGUCUCGCACACCCUCUUGGGAAAACAAAAACCCAAAAGGGGUUGCAUCGAAUUGCACGGAACAGAGACACAAGAAAUAGAAACAGGGGAGGAACAAAGCUGCAAAUUUUUGCUGCAAUUCCAAAUGCCCCUGUUUCUGAUUUUUGAUCAUCAUUCUCUCUUCUGAAUCCCCUCUUGCUGGGUGCAGCAACCGCAUUGGGGAGUGGUAAUGUAGGGGAAACUCUCCCCUACCAUCAACAUCAUCCAAUUCUUUCUUCUUCUUACUAAAUAAACAAUAAAUAAAUAAAUAAAUAAAAUGGGUUGCAUAAGCUCCAAGAAUGCGGUUGCCGGAGCUUGUUCUCCGUCUCCUGCGGUGCUGAACAUCGCGGAGGGACAUUCCGGGUUGACGGUUCUGGAAUCGAAAACAGGGUCAGAGAAUGAGAGGAACAACAAGAAGUUGAAGAAGAACAAUUCAAAGAGUAGUAGUGGGGGUUUCAGCUUCAGGCUUGGGUUGGCUCCAAAGCAUGUGGAGGCUGAACAGAAUGCUGCUGGUUGGCCUCCUUGGCUCACAGCUACUGCAGCUGAAGCCAUUCAAGGAUGGAUCCCUCUCAAAGCUGAUUCUUUUCAAAAGUUGGAAAAGAUUGGACAAGGUACAUAUAGCAGUGUGUUCCGAGCACGUGAAGUUGAAACUGGGAAGAUGUUUGCUUUGAAGAAGGUGCGCUUUGACAAUUUCCAACCUGAGAGCAUCAGGUUCAUGGCAAGAGAAAUAACAAUCCUUCGUAGGCUUGAUCACCCAAAUAUCAUGAAAUUGGAAGGCAUAAUCACUUCUCGCCUCUCAAAUAGCAUAUACCUUGUGUUUGAAUACAUGGAGCAUGAUCUUGCUGGCCUAGUAUCACGUCCUGAUAUUGUGUUCUCCGAAUCACAGAUAAAAUGUUACAUGAGACAGCUAUUAAGUGGACUUGAGCAUUGUCAUAUGCGUGGCAUCAUGCACAGAGACAUCAAAGUAUCAAAUAUCUUGUUGAACAAUGAAGGUGUUCUCAAGAUAGGAGAUUUUGGAUUAGCAAAUACAAUUAACACAAAUGGGAAGCAUCAUUUGACAAGUCGCGUUGUGACUUUGUGGUAUCGCCCUCCUGAGCUCUUGAUGGGAUCAACCAACUAUGGAGUGUCUGUGGAUCUGUGGAGUGUUGGCUGUGUAUUUGCAGAACUUUUUCUUGGGAAGCCUAUCCUUAAGGGGAGAACUGAGGUUGAACAAUUACACAAAAUUUUUAAGCUGUGUGGUUCUCCUCCUGAGGACUUCUGGAAAAAGACUAGGCUUCCUCAUGCAACAAUGUUUAAACCUCAGACUAAUUAUGAAAGCUCUCUUCGGGAGAGGUGUGCAGAUUUUCCUGCAUCUGCUGUUAAUCUACUCGAGACUUUACUGUCGAUCGAUUCUGGCAACCGAGGGACUGCCUCAUCUGCCCUAAUGUCUGAGUAUUUCAGCACCAAGCCAUAUGCUUGUAAUGCAUCAAGCCUGCCGAAGUAUCCUCCUAGCAAAGAAAUGGAUGUAAAAAAUAUUGAAGAUUCAUCCAAGAAAAAAACUGGAGGUAAAAUGAGAGAGGUUGCAACAUCAAGAAGGCAGCAAAGACGAGUCAGUAAAAUUUUGCAAGAUCCAAACAAUUUUGGCAAAUCAACUUCAAAAGAGGACAUGCAGAACAUUUCUCAAAAUGCUCGUAGAGAUGAUGGUAAAUCACAUCUUACUAAGGGAAAAGGAGGAGCCAUGCACAAAGAUUAUACAAAGCCUCAUAUGGAUGCUAUGUCUGAGACCUCCCAAAUGAAUGUUGCUAAUGGUAAUGGCUAUAGUGUGGGAUCUAAUAAUACCUUUACAUGGGUAAAAAGGAGAAAGCAAGAUGCUUCAUCAACUCUAUCAGAUGGAUCAAGAAGCAAAAUUAGUGCACUUGAUCCAAACUUUGCAAAAGGAACAUAUGACUUAACCACACAAAGGGUGUCCAUGGAUUUUGAUCCCGCAGAACUGAUGAAUGCUCAGGGCGACCGAGGGCGUGCUGUUCGUAAAUCAAGAUUUGGAAGAGACAACAGAUGAGGCAAAGAUUGCAGGAGUGGUGCAAUGCUAAUCACUACAAGGGUGGUUGACAAAACAUUAUGAACCGUUUUAGUUUUUGACUUGACCUCUCCUUACAUCUUGGUGGCACUUCCCUCCUUUUGAUCACAAGGGUUAACUGUUCAUACCCUUCUAUUAUACAGGAUUGGCACUCAAAAAUAGGAUUACAAUAUACACAUGUAACUAUGCCAAAAUGGAAGAUGGUACAAUUUAAGAAUGGUUUACUUUUCUGAUUGAAUUUCACUGGUACAUACCAAUUUUCUCUCAAUGUAAGAUUCUUUUUUAACAAAAAAAGUCAAAAGGAAGAAAAAAAAACUACAAAGAAAAAGUAUUCUGACAUAUCUUAUUCUUGGAAAUCCUAUUUGGAGUUUUGGAGCACAGAUAAUCAACAACAGCGAAGUUAAGGCCAUAUUGACUUGUUUACAUGUAUGCCCAUGAAGUGAAAAGCUAACAUUCCUGUUUGACCCUUUUAAUGCGGUGGCUUCUACAAUUCUCCCCAAUUUUGUAAUACAAAAUGAACGGUCUUAUUUUAAAAC